CCCGCCAGUGCACUCCCCGCCCCGCACUCGGUCGCCUGCACAGCCGUCCUCGCCACAGCAGCGGCAGCUGCCCAUUCCGCCUCCCCCUUCUAACAUGAUCAACACCAACACCAGCUCAAACAGCCCGCGGCACUCGCUGGGCGACAUCAGCCCGGCGUACACCAAAAGUCGCAUCAGCAACCCACCGCCCAGGAUACCGCCGCUCGACAUUUCACCGAUCAGACGGCGCAACACGGGCACCAGCUAUGACAGGGUGCGUGCGCUGCAUGAGUCCUACCGAGCACCCGCACCCGUGGCUAUGCGGCCUUUUCCGAGGGAUGAGGGCAGCAGCAUUAACGCCGGUUGGGGAGGGGGAAGGGUGCCUUUCGGUGACAGCGAGAGCUCUGCCGCUGCUGCGGGCAGCAGCAGCAGCUACUGGCAGAGGCAGUGCCAUGACGAGAGUGACGGUGCCCGUCUGAUCCGGCAGCCGAUGUCGGAUUAUGGGACGCCUUCUUCGUCCUUCUCGCCUGGUGGUGAAAGGGGUAUGUUGCUGGCUGACGGUGAGGGGGAGGGGGAGGGAGGGGGAGAGGGGGAGGGUGAUGUCUACAGGGGAGGGAUAGGCGAUCCUGCGAUGCGGUCGUUCACGCUGGAUGAGAAGGGCUUUCGCGAGGCGCAGAGGCUCCUGCAGAUGCACGCACACACGGUGAGAAGGACAAUAUGGUUUGCAUGCAGCAUUAAAGGCCCUCCCGAUGUGCGAUGUGUGCGUGCGUAUGUGAUGGGUGUAGACUGACCCGAUGGUGCUGUAUCGGCUGGUGUAUGACCUCCUGCGGCUGGUUGGAUUGGGGUUCAUGAUCCCGAGGAUCGUGACGAUAGGCCAGCAGAGCGACGGCAAGACCACCUUUCUCGAGGCCAUGUUGCGACUCUGCUUCGGAUACACAAGGUGAAAGGGGAAAGGAGAGGACACCGUGAGGCGCAUAUUCGGUCUUGAUGUCUUUUGCUGUUUUUGUUGUUGUCUCCGUCCCUUGUAGGAACGGUGCUGCGGCGACCAAAGGACCUGUUCGGUGAGACAUGCAGAUUUGUCCGACACUCACUGGCUUUAUGUAGGUAUCGGCCAUCCGUCCCUCCAUCCAUUCAUCUGUCUAUUGCAGCAUCGAUGUCAAGAAUGACGAGUCGAGCCCCACACCUCGGUGCCAACUCAACCAGGAACACAUACGACUCGCAGGUAGGUAGCAGGUGGUCAGGCAGCAAUCACUGCACAAAUCAAACAUCUCCUGUGUCUGUGUGUGUGUGUGUGAGUCAGCGAUCCAGGGUCGUAUGCGCGAGUUGAUGGAGCAUCGGUCGCUGAGCAAGGAGGAGACACACCUCGAGAUCAGCUACAGCGGGGCACCCAACCUCAUGUGCGUUGAUUUGCCUGGCAUUGUGCAGGAGACCGGAGACACCACGAGGGAAGACGUGGAACUCACCAUGUACUCACUGCCUCCCUCCCUGCACUUUGAUGGACGCACUGACGCUGUUUUGUUUGGUGUUGGCUGUCCACGUGUGUCUGCAGGGAUGUGGUGCGUCAUUAUGUGCGCCACUCGCCCAACGACCUCUAUCUGGUGUUCAAACGGGCUGAUGUAGACCCUGGUAUGCGGCCGGAUGGACGGGCAAGAUGGCAUUCUCGCGCACUGGUGUGUGUCAUUUGUCUGUUUCAGGCACGUGGCCAAUCCAUGACUUCAUCCAGGUGACCAACAGAGGACCGGCAUGGAUGGAUGGAUGGACACGGGCACUCUCGGUGCAUGUGUGUGUUUGCAUCAGAGUUUGGGUCUGCACCGCGAACAGACGAUUGUCGCGUGCACCCGGGCAGAGAACUUCCUGAGGGAGAACAGGGUGAUUUACAAGACGGAGCUGCUGAAGCUGAUAAAACAGAAACGCGUCCACGACUGCUCAGGCGAACCGGUUCGCCUGCAUGCAGACAGACACACACACACGGGCAGGCCGCCCCCCCAUCUCCCUAUGUGCCAGAUCCCGAUGUACUUUGUUGAGCUGCACAACCUCUCUGACCAGGAGAAGGCUCUGCCAUUCGCCGAACGGUACGCCUGGCGCACACAAAAGGCCGCCAUGCCAUUCCCUUUCUGUGUGUGAAUGGUCGGUCGGUCGGUCGCAUUCUUGAAAUGAGUUCCAGGACGGCCGUGAUGGAGGGCCAGUUGGCUGCCCGCCGGCUCGACAUUCUCGAUCGUCUGAACAAGCUGGAGGUGAGCAGCAGAGCACCGCCGAGCAGAGGUGACACGUCCAUGCAUCCCUUCUGCUGGCGUGCAGAAUGGUGCUGCGACUGAUGAGGACACGACUGAGCUGUACCGAUAUUUCGAUGUGGAGGUGAGCUUAAUUGACACCAUGAUGCGCAGUGUUGAUUUAUGAUAUGCCUUCUGUGUCGCCCCUGUCUGCAGUCGCUUGAGGCGCACCUCAACGCCACUUUCCGCCGGCUGCUGCUGCGGCAGCUGCACGCACUCAAGGCACACACACACCAUACACACUCGUGAAGGAAUCCCCCCUCUCUCUCUGUGUGUGGUGCAGUCUAGCUUGACAUCUCUGUUGAAUGAGUUGACCAGCCGGCAUCAAGUGAUGACUCGUCAGAUGGAGAAGAUCGCACCCUUGACGCUCGGGGACCUCAUCGAACGCAUUGUCGACCUCCUCGACGACACAGCACAGGCAGAACCCACACACAGAGACAUACACACAUGAUGAUUGCGUGAAUGUCGCUUCUCUUUCUUUGUGUGUGCGUCUGUGUGUAUGUCUUUGAGUCCAGAAGCUGUUCAACGGCGAGCAUCCGCUGAUGACAGAGGCCUUCAUCGCGCAGCACGGCGCGAGGCUAGAGGACGAUCUCGGGUCAGCCCUACCGCACUCACCACCCUCCACUUGUGUUGGGCACUGUGCCGUUGUCCAUCCAUCAGCCACGGCGAAGACCUGGCCCGGCGCAUCUUUCGCCAAUACGACACCAGCCGCCCUGUCAGUGAGACAUGACGCACAGACAAAAAGGGACACUCGUCGUGCUGUGCCAUCCAUACCAUGGCAGGCUGAGCUGUCGAGCGGCAUCAGUCGUGUGACGACCUUUGACACCAAACUCAUCACGCGACUCGCCAUGAACAGGGUCUGCCAAUUCCUCAAGGUGAACCGACACCGACAAACAAAGCGAGACGCGGGGCGAUACUGAUGGUGGACGUCUGGGUGUGUGUGCAGGAGAAGAUUGACGACCUCGAGCCAGAGCUGCGAUGCACCAAGGUCUGCCGCGCACACAAAUCAGCUGCUCUCUCUUUUAUGCCUGUCUGUGCGUGUGUGUGUGUGUGUGUGAAGGACUAUCUGCUGAACAAGCUGGGUGCAGUGCGUGGCGUGCUCGACUCCUACUCGGUCAAGUCGAUGCUCCCGGAGCUCGUCAGACACACCACCAGAGGACCGCUCACACAGCUGGCCUUCCUCAGUGCCGCGACUGCAGGCAAACCUAAGAUCAACAUGUGCAUGAUAUCCACAUGAAGUGGAUGCACGUGUGUGUGUUUGUCCUGCAGCUGCCGUGCUCCAGCGCGUGCUGCAGGCUGCCCUGGAGCUGGUCGAGAAACGGCUGCUGCAAGACCCACACAAGUAAAUCAUGACCAACCGAGGUCACCUCUGCACACACCAUAUGUCUGUAUGUGUGUGUGUGCCCAUUGGCAGGAGCCACAUGUUGUUCCUGCUGGAGAACACUUCAUUCGUGUUCGCCGUCCAGAAGGCGUGUGCCGACCAUGCCGUCCGCAAGGCCGCCGCCUGCGCAAAGGCCAUGGUCCAAGACAUACACGAACAAGUACACACACACAUGCCAGCAUUGCCGUGUCCCUCCCUCCCUCCCUCCCUCCCUCCCUCUCGCUCUCUCUCCGUCUCUUCCGCAUCACCAGACCACAGCAAUCCGUUUCGGCGUCCUCGAGAACAUCUACAGCGUCGUGGAUGCAUUCGAGCGGCGACGCGACGCCCGCCACCUCAUCUCGGUUGAGUCGCCGGCGCGCCGCAUCGCCGACGGCAGCGAUGGCUCACUAAGGCGAAGGCGUGAUAGAGUGGUGCGGACGCCGUCUCCGUCUCGACGGCAGGUUGUGGCGGGUGGUGACACCGAUGAGGAGUCGGGCAAAGUUGAUGUGGUGGCACAGGAGGUCAGUGGGGCCAUAUUCAAUCAGGGCGGAGGGGAGGAUGGAUUGCCUGUGCUGUGCUGUGUGUGUGUGUGUGUGUGUGUCUCCGUCCCUGCACACCCAGGCCACGAGCUGUCUCGUGUACAGUGUUCGUGACCGCACCAACGAGCGACAGAAACAGCUCAACAUCGUCCACGAAGUGACAGACAGACACAUACGAAAGAGGAAAGAGCCUUGACGCAUUUUAUUCACUCUGUGUCGCUGUGGCUUUCCAUCAUAGGGUGCGUUGCCUGAGGAGAUGAUAUAUGAGGAGGUCCGGACGCAGUUCCACAUUGUCAAGGCGCUCGUAGCCGUGCAGCUCCAGGUAGCUCAGGCCAAAAGACAACACACACACACACACACACCACACCGCACCCCACCAGUCGCGUGUCUCUCUCUGUGUGCCAUGAGUGCAGGUGAAGAUGUACGUGUAUCUGUUCCAGGAUAUCUGUGAGGGGGGAGACGACAACACAGAGGGAUACCCAUUCGCCACACUCAGGUGAGGAGGAAGUGAAAAGAGGAUACAUGCAUGUGCUGUGGGUGGGUGGGUGGAUGGAUGGAUGCCUGUGUGCCCCGCACAGCGAGGAGCUCAAGUCGUCCCUCCUCUAUCAGCCAACCAUCGACACUGAUGACACACACGUAACCUUCAAACAAGGGCGGAAGAGACACCCGACACGACUCAUGGACGACGCGUGUGUCACGGGGUGUGUGUGUGUGUGGUGUUGGUUGUCGCAGGGCGGCGACUUUCACCGGCCGCCGCAGAGAGAGAGCCCGGUCAGCCAGCACCAAAAUCCCCACAAUUCACUGCUCCUUUCUCUGCUUCUGCAGGUUCGCAAGCGGACGGACAGCGACUACCUGCGUGACUUCGGCCUUGACUCGAUGCAGUCGCAGCUUGCACAGAGGAUACAGGCCACCGCACAGGAGCUGGCGUACGUCAGAGAGGCGCUCAAGCACCUGGGCCGCCUCAUGGUGGCAAUGCAGACGGCGCCCAUCGACUUUUUCCGACUGCACAUCAACCGCAGAUGCGCUGGCGACACGGACAACUGAGUGAGUGAGUGGGGGAGUGAAUGAAGCAAGGCAAGAGAGAGAGCGACCGACCGAUGAGUUGAAGUGGGAUGAGUCUGCA